CAACAAUCGAUUGGGAGAAGGGCAACACUGGUCGAAAAGCGCAGCCAGCUUCUUGGCUUAACCGAACUUGGUCACUUUAAUUCUUUUCGUGCUCCAUUUUCGGCUAAGCAAGUCACGUGCUCCUCGAUUUGCAAGCUUUAUAAAAUGAAGCCCCAAUCUCCGAAAAAGAAGGCAUCCAAGGCCAAACCGAAGGCCACAGUGCCGCCUAAGAAUACUCAAUCUAAGGUGGCCCCCGCAGAAACCGCCGCUUCUGCUAAAUCUUCAGCCCCCACUGUGUCUUCUAAGAAAGUAGCAAAAGCUCCGGCGGUGGCUCUAAAGAAUCUGGGUAUGGCCAUGAAAGGGUUGACUAUCAAAACCGUCGAAACCGCUGGGAAGGAGGUGGACUCGUCCUCCGGUCCUUCGGCCACUGUGAUUGCUAAGAAACGCAAAUCCGCAGCCCCGAAUCGUGAGACCACAACCAAAUCGGAUGCUCCAGCUGCCAAAAAGGUGACUCCGCAACAAACCACCAAGCCAAAAACUCCGGCAACUCCAAAGGCCGAAAAAAAGGAAAAAGCAUCCAAGGAAGAAGUUGCUCCGAAUGCCACCGAAAUUAAGGCUGCUGCUCCGGCCAAACCCAAAACCAAACCAAAGCCGCAGGCCAAGCACCCGAAGAAUCUUUUGCGCGGAAAAAAGGUGUCCAAAAAGAAGGUCUGGCAACGCUUCGUCAUCGACUGCGCAUGCGUGGCCGAGGAUUUGCUCCUGGACGUCUCCGACCUUGAGAAGUACCUGAAGACGCACAUCAAGGUCAAGAACAAGGUCAACCAGCUGGCCGACCUGGUGUUUUUCGAGCGUCCCAAGAACGACUCGCUGAUCGUGCACAGUGCGGUGCACUUCUCGAAGCGCUACUUCAAGUACCUGGCCAAGCGCUAUCUGAAGAAGCACAGCCUGCGCGACUGGGUGCGCAUUGUGUCCACCGGCAAGGACACGUUCGCCAUGCGCUACUUCCAGAUGCAGGGCCAGGACGACGACGAAGGGGAUGAUACGGAUUAGGAACUUUUCAUUUUCCUGUUAAUCCAAUGGGCCAUUUAAAAAAAGAAAAAAUAUUUUUCGCUAAUUUUUCUGUACUUAAAAUUGCUGUGUUUUUUUAUGAAUGACUUUUAAAGUGGCCCAUAAAUAGAA